GAACACCGAAGUUCGCAAAUUGGCAUCUUUCUGUCACACUAAGUAUAUACCUAGUAAGCUUAAGCCUAAGGCGUAAGCCUUAAUCGUACGAGUAGUAAAAGAGAAAGAUGCCUGCAAUUUGGAAAUUUCUGUGUUUCGCGGUAGGCCCUCAGUAAUAAAACACAAAAUGUCUAAUGAUUCAUUUUAACAUGCAAGUCGAUUAAUAGUAUCGAUUGUUUGUGCAGUUGAUUAUUUUUUCCCAUCCCUAGUGUAGAAGUGUAGAGCGCGGAGCUGGAAUUCCCCGAAUAAUAAAAAAAGAUUUUUGUCGCUGGUAUCAACUGACGCGUCGGUAUAAAAGCAGUCUGUCGUCGAAAGAGCAAACAAUUUUCGCGAAGAUAUUAUCGCAAGUGCACACUUUGGCAUCAGAAUUCCGGUGUUACAUUUGUGUUUUGUAAUCCGUAAUCAUGAGUCAAAAUCGAAAUCGCACCAACGGCAAUAGUAGUGAUGAUGAUGAGUCACUAAGCAGCUGGGAAGUAGCAGGCUUGGUUGGCCUAGCCGGCUUAGCCAUAGGUGCCGGAGCAUACUACCUGACUUCAUCCUCGUCCACGCAGGCAGAGGAACAAAAGAAAAAAGAAGAAAGAGAGAGGGCAGAGGCAAGGCAGAGGGAACUGGCCAGGCAAGAAGCGGAAAACCAAGGAGGAUAUUCUGCGUGGAAUUUAUUUACCAACGUGGUCUGUGCUGUAGGCAGCGCUGUAAUGGGAUCCCAGUUGUCUGCAGCUUUACCCGCAGAGCCUGUGCUGGUUGUUCCGGAGAAGCCGGUGAUCACAAACAUGAAUGGGCUGCUGCAUGACAUAUAUGUGCGGUACAUAGCGCUAAAGGAUAAAGAGUUUGAGGAGCAUUAUAAUGUGUUUAUGAACAUAUUUCACCGGUUGCAUGAGCAGAUGAAGGUAGCAGAUAAAUACUACAACCGCUAUUCAAGCACAGUACAAUUUGCGGGCAGCCACUACGACCGGCUACGCAUCAACAAGCCCGAUGAAUUCGACAUGGACAUCAUAAUCGGUCUACCCGUCAACCUCAAGGAGGCCCCUAACCCGGCCAACAGCGACAUAGUCCUCGAGCCCAAGGCCCCCGGCUUCAUACAGCUGAAGGCCGGGACACAGUUCCAAAACCUGCCGAAGAGAGACGGCGCGGACUGGGUUAUCAAUAGAACUGCGCAUGACUGGUUGGAUGAGAGAAACUAUUUGCUCCGCUCGAAGUUUACUGACUGGUUCAAAAGCGUUGUCAACAAGGCAAUGAACAGUUUCCCCGUACACCCCAGUUUCCCCGGUCGCCGCGUAAUGAACGUGGAUGGUAUUGCGUACACCUUGCGGCUGUCGUCCAGCGGGCCCGCCAUCACGCUCAUCAUCGAGAACUCGACGGGGUUCCGGCUGGACGUGGACCUGGUCCCGGCCCUGAAGUUCCCCGAGGAACGCUGGCCUAUCUGCAGACCGUAUAGAAAGGUGCCAGACAAAUGCCACCACGAAAUAUUCAUGGUGGUGCCGAAGCCUAUGAAGGGCGGGCUGAACCGAUACGACACGGACCGCUCGUGGCGGAUCGCCAUGCACCUGCAGGAGCGCGACAUCAUGCAUGCCUCAGAGAACAUGCGCCAGGCCAUACGACUGAUCAAAAAACUCCGCGACUCCCAAGGGUUAAACAAAAUAGCAAGUUACUACAUCAAAACAAUCUUCUACCACGAGGCUAUGGCCCGGCAAAGCGACCCCUAUUUCUGGCGCAGAAGCCCCGCCGACCUGUUCAACAUUAUGGUAAAAAAGUUCAUCGAGCAUCUAGAGUCCGGGGAGAUAGCUUAUUUUUGGAAUAAAGAAAAUAACCUCAUCGGCCAUAUUGAGAGAUCCACUUUGAUAGGCUAUGCGAAUAAGCUGAAGAAACUGGUGCCGAUUUUGGACGAUCCGUCGAAAUAUAAGUGGGCUGCGAAGUAUUUGCUGACGGAUAGUCAGUUUAAGGAGUACAACGAUAAAUUUUUGCACAUUUGAAAAGUGAUUUUUUUGGCUGGCAGUGAGAUUGGAUGUAUUUGUGAAAAUCUGUAAGAUAUGUAGUCUAAAAAAACAUCGUUCCCUUGAAUUGGACAGCUGAAUAAGAUUGCGCUGUAUGGUAACUGAAUCAAUCAAUCAAUCAGUCAAUUGACUGAUUGAUUCGGUGACUCCCAAAACAAUUGUUUUGUGAGUUACCGAACGAGAAUGAAGCCGUGUAGCGCCAUCUACCAUUAGCUGUCAAAUUCGAAAAAAUAUUUUUUUUAUACAUAAUACGGCCAAUUUUGUUGCCAGUCAAACUUUUAUCUUGAGCAAAAAAAUAUUUUAGGAUUAAAAUUUAUGAUAAGGAAUUAUUUGCAUUUACAUUUUUGUGUAGUUCUUUUUUUCCGACGGUCGAUGUCUCCAUACUACAUUUGUAUAUAUAUGAGUCGCUUAGCUUCAAUUCAAACUCGGGUAAAUCCAUCUGUCAGAUUAUGCGAUUUUGGUAUUAUGAAAAGGUAAUAAGGUAGAUAUUUGCUGAGAGGGUCGAAUGGAUUAAUCUGAGUUUGAAGUUAAGCGACACAUAUAUGCUCUUGGCCGUUUUCGGCCAUGGCGACUGCUUCAUCAACUCGUUUGUUGGCGUUCAUACUCGUAUGCUCUCGCGUGGCUGACGUAGCCGAUCUGGUUGGCAAGAUACAGGAUUUGUUUUCAUGUGAAACGUUUAAAUAUUGUAGUGAUAACUUUAACACUUUCAGUGCCAACCGCCCCAUUUCUGAUACAAAGUUAAUACAUCCAGCGUGCUACGAGUAUGCAAGUACUUAAUUCCUUAUUCAAGUUAUGGGAGAUACAAUCAUUGUCGGUAAAAAAAGAAAAACGACCCUUUCGAUUUCGGCUUUCCAUUACAAAAGGGUCCUUAUGCUUCAAGUGCAAUAAGGUCCUUUUAUCUGAAAUCCCAACAGAAAUUCUGAUAGAAAGGUCUUUAUUGCGCAUGAAGCUUAAGGAAGGAAAGCUCUAAUGGAAAGCCACAUUAUAAAGCAGCUAGUUAUUUAAAUAUUAUUUACAGUACAUAUGGUGCUACUUUGCCGCACUAGUGCGAAAAUUAGCAUAUUACGUUACUGUGUCGAACAUUUAAAACGCCAUAUGUACCGUAAAACGUUGUACGAUACAUGUGCGAAUAGAUAAUUCGCAACUCGUGUCGAUUUAAAACACUCCCUUCGCUCGUGUUUUAAUUUAUCGCCACUCGUUUCGAAUUUCCUAUUUUUCGCACUUGUAUCGUAAUUAUAAUUAUUUAUAAUAAUUGUGUGUAAUUACAUAAUACCUAUCGAAAAGUUAUUUCGAUAAGAUUAUAAUAUCUCAAUUUCAAAGAUACCUACAGCAAUGGUUACUUAAAAUAAUUGUGUAAUAUAAUUAUGAAGGACGCUAGACAUUACAGUAUUAAUUGUAAUAAAUAAAUUCACAAAAGAGGGCCCCACUCCUCGCCACUUCGUACUAAUUUUAUAAAUUAGUACGAAAUGACAAGGAGUGGGACUCACCUUUUUAAAUACAUGUAUCCAUCCAUAUCUGCCGGGUCUAUGGGGGCAAUGGGGAAGGUAAUCGUCAAUUUGAUUAUUUAUGGUAAAUAAAAUAAAAAUGUACCAUCGUCGAGAGCGCCAUCUAUGUCUAUAUUUGACCGGCCUUCCCCGUAGCACCGACCCCGGAGUAGUAGGUUUAGUCCUGGAGAAUAACCAAUUAAAAAAUUGGGUGAUAUGGUUAUGUUUGACGAUACGCUGAGGGUUGGAUACGUAGGUUAUACUGAACAACUUAUACUAUGGGCCUACAAACCUGGAAUCGCGAAAAAAAAUCUAUUUUCUAUGGAACGACAAAUAUUUUUUCACGAUUUCUGGGUUAGCCCCAUAGUAAAAGUUGUUCAGUAUGACCCACAUAUCCACCCCUCAGCGUAAUGGUCAAAGAUAACAAUUUCACCCGUACGUAUGGUGCUUAUAUAGUGUCUAUAAUAGUCCUCGCGUAUUUAUAAUUAAGAAAUACUUAUAUAUAUAUAUACUAAGAGUCAUUGAUAGUAGAAAAGAUGUACUCGUAAAGUCUAAGAAAAAUUCGUGCACCUAGUGGUCAAAAAAGCUGAAAUAGCUUUUUUGACAACUGGCUUGUUUGACGCUGUCCUGUCCCAAUGAUUGACAUAUUAUACUAUAUCAAUGGUGCCAUGUCUUGUGCUUACUGGAGUGUUAAACGUGAGCUUUUGACAACCCAACUGACCACAUAAAGUAGGCCGCAGCUUACAAAAUCUUAGACUGCAUAUCUUAUAGUUCUUAAACGAAAAUGAAUCUUUCCUUUAAAAAAUUGUGACUAAUUAAGUUUGUUGUAUUGUAUUUGUAGCCCAGUAUUUGUUUAUUUUAUUUGACGCAUUGGUGAAGCUUCAGAACCGGUUCAUUUUGAAAAUCGAAAAUAUCUAGAGUUAGACCAAGAUACGUUGGCAGCGAUUUUCACAGCCUCUGCAAGUGUUACUUUAAAUGUCAAACUUCUAUGAAAUUAUGACGUUUACUUAACACUUGCACAGGGUGGGCUAUCAAAAUCGCUGAAAACUUGUCUUGGUCUGACUCUAGAUACUAAACUAGAAACACUUGAUCUUCGAAAAACGCCGAGACGACUCUGCCAAAGCGUUAUAGAUGCCUAACUAAGCGUUGCCAACGUCUGAAGUGCUUGUGCUUUAGAUAUUGAUGAUUUUCGUUAUUACAUACACCGUUUCCGAAGUAAUCUGUGUUUGUCGUGACUUCGCAUUUAUCUUUAUCUUUGCUUAAUUGUUACGUCCAUAAUAUUCCUAUUUUUUAUGUCAGUAAUCAUUAUUAUUAAUUUAUUACUUGUUUACAUUUAAGUUUUUGACCGAAUUAACAUAUUGACUGCCACGUCUUUUUGAUUGAUUGAGGGAUGGGAAGGUCUACCAUAAACGUCGGAAAUAGAGAUUUUGUUAUCUGCCUCUAUCGCUCUUGCAUAUUUGAGCGGCAGAGAGGCAGAUAACAAAAAUGUCGAUGUCCAUCGUAGGCCCUAAAAAGGUAGGUACGAUUUUCAUUUAUAACAGUAGGUACCCGUUGUCGGGUAUUUCCAACUUUACCACAAGGACAGUUUAAAGUUUAUGUUUUUGUUUCUGUAAGGGUCCAAAGAUAAUUAUAAUGACUGAUUAUUGUAAUAAAUGAUUAACCACCGA